CUCCUGCCUCUCGGUCGCUGCUCGCGUACGCUGCUCCCGGGGGUCGGUGGAACCUGCAGUCCUCUGAUCAGGCAGUCGCCACCCAAACUGCGUAUCAGUGUUCACCAAAGGUGCACUCUAAAAAGGAGUUUGCGCGGCUAUAGAAAGAGCCAGAGACGCACCUAAUUUUAACCACAUACCAAAACUGGGGUAUAUCGAAAAGAUGCAAUGGAACUCUCCGCCCCGUAAGUUCUGCAAAGACCCUCCAGCUACCUCUACCAGAGCGCGCAUCUGACCCUGUUGUCGUUAGAGAUGUGUGGCUCUAUGGCGACAGAAUUUUAUGGCACGAAGAUCCUACUGGGAUUUGCACUGGGACUGAUCACCUUUUUCAGCUUGGGCAAGUGUGAACCUGUGAAGAUAUUUGGCCUCAUGAACAGUAAUGUUACACUUUCACCAUUGCAAAAAAUGGAGUUUAAAGAUAUUACCUGGAAAAAAGGGAAAGAUAAAGUAGCGGAAUUGCAAGAGGAUGGAGGAGAUUUGUACUUUGGGCCCUUUCAAAGUAGGGGAAGAUUAGACCAAUCUGGGAGCUUUACCAUCCUGAAUUUAACGGCAUCUGACGAAGGCCAGUAUGAAAUAGAAUCAUCAAACCUUACAGCAAGUGAAAUCUUGUAUCUUUAUGUGUUGGAGAAACUUCCACAACCUGAUCUCUACUGUUCUUUUGAUGGUGAAAACUUUACAGUUUCAUGUAAUGGAUCAGAAGACAGUCGCUUUCUAAAUUACAAAUGGGUGUUUCCUGGAUCCUAUAUGAAUAUUUCACAAUCAAAGGUGCAGCUGAAGAAUGGUGAAGAUUUGCAACAAGCAAUCUCUUGUGUUACUUGGAACCCUGUAUCUACAACUGAAUCUUCACUCUUUCUCAAGACCUGUGUCCCAGACAAGAAUCAGGGAAGGCACAGAUUUCCAGUACUUGCAGCAUUUGUGUUUGCGGCAGUUAUUAUUAUAGGCCUUUGCAAGCUAUAAAUAUUAGGAUGAUUGAACAAAAGAUGAGAUCCAACACCUGCCAAUGGAGCGAUGGAAACGUCUUUGGAAAAUCUUUGCAUUCUGUUUGAGUGGUUUAAAACACCGACUCUUCUCCCACUACAACUUCUUAAUGAUAAAAGUUGGAAAACACUUGCAAUUAUGAUGUGCUUUUUUUUUUAAGUGCACUUUGAGCAUAUAGAAUCAUCUACCUCACAGUGUUGAAGCCCUCUUGAGGCUGUUUUCAUCCAUGGAGCGGCUCUAGAAGAACCAGCCACCAGUAUCACUAGCCUGGCCCAAGAGGAAGUGAGCUACAGUCAGCACUGGGGGCAGGGCAAGUUACCUGCUGCAAGAACAAAUUGUUUCUCAUUGGUGUGCUCAAGCUUGGACUUUUGAACAAGAGGGAUAUGGUCUUAAAGGAAAGCUGCAGGCAGAAAGGGAUAUUUAUUACUGAUGACAUUUUGCAUUAAUGAGUCCUUUGUAACGUUGUAGCCUGCUAGCCUAUCAGGAAUCCCCCAAAAGCCAACAUACUCAAUUGAAAUUGCAGCUGAAGGGAGUUUCUUAGAUUUGCAACUGUGACUGUGCUCUAUCAGAAGUCAUUGAAAAAAUUUUUGAAAAAUUGAAGAAAAUUUGAACACAUUUGUGUACAUAUUAUA